GAUAUGUUUUCGAUGGAUUCGUUCGACUUUGAGGCGGUUAUGAGCCGCCAUUUGUUCGAAGGACCAUCGGUCCAUCAGCAUCAAAGUCAGCAACCGUUGCACCAUCUGCAGCAUCAUUCCUGCCAGCAGCAACAUCAACACCAGCAGCAGCAGCAACAGUCACAUCAUCAGCAGCACCAGCAGCACCUGGACGGUGAUCAUCAUCUGACGCAUCAUCGCCAUCAGCACGAUUUCCAUCCGGAGGCACAUUCGAUCGAUCACCAGCAGCAUCAUCUGCAUCAGGCGAACAAUGUCGAUUCGACCACGUCGAACAGUUCGGACUUUUUCCUUGCGGACGAUGAAAACACCACCGACAGUGAUUCGUACUGUGGGUUUAACAGCGAUCAGGAGAAUAAUGAUUCCAUGAAAGAGCUCUACAGCAACCGCACGUCCAAGUACCGACGGCCAAAGUGCGCCUCCCAGCAAGCCCAGCAACGUCAGGCAGCAAAUCUCCGCGAACGGCGCCGCAUGCAAAGCAUCAACGAAGCCUUCGAAGGUUUACGGACACACAUACCCACCCUGCCGUACGAGAAGCGCCUAAGCAAGGUGGACACGCUGAAGCUGGCCAUCAGCUAUAUCUCGUUCCUGGGCGAAAUGUUGCGAAAGGACAAAAAUGGCAACGAAACCGGCACGAACGGUAUCAAGCGGGCACCGGUAAAGGAACCACCGAAGAAGUUUAUCGUUCGUGGUGGCAGUGGCCAGACACACUCACUUUCCUGGCACCGGAAGGGCGAUCGGAACGCAAACGGGCGCUAUUUUGCGCGUAUUUGGCGACCGGAGGAUCCACGGAGCAAUCAUCGCAAUAUCGCUGCCGGCCCAUCAACGUACGCAACGAACGGAAUCUGUUAGGCCCCUGACUGUGGUGUGUGUCACGUUUACCGUGGAGUU